AUGGACACCAAAGCUUACCUGUUGUUUCGUGGACAGCCAUGGCGCCGUUUUGUACUGCUAUUGUCCUUUUGCAAUCGAUACCAUGACCUUCGCGUCCAUCUGUACGACCGUUCUGGGGGGCUGGUGUCCCCUGUGUUCAACAUCGACAAAAAUCCAGAUAUGUAUUUGAAAGUACUCGCUGGGAUCAUGUUUGGAGGUCCCCAGUGUCUUGGUUAUGAUAGUACCGUCGUAUUUUAUGACCCCAUCAGUAAAAUUCGCAUCAAGGAGAAGUUCUACAAUAUACUCCACAUCUUGUUCUACAGUCGAGGUCUUACAGGCAGGGGAACUGUCUGUUAUUUGGUCGAGUUGGGGGGUGAGGAAUUUAUUAUCAAAGACCAUUGGGUGCAAGAACAGGAUGACACGGACAUCCUGAAUGAGGUGGAAAUGCUGAAGUGGAUGCAAGGUGUCCCUGGCAUCCCUCACCUUGAAGACUAUUGGAUUGUUGAGAGGGAGAAGGGAGUUCCAGAUUCAACAGGUGACUUUCGCUUUAAGCAUAUCCAGAGCACAUCUCACGCAUUUCACGCCCACAUUCGCCUUGUUCUCAAACCAUGUGCCUGUCCAUUACAUCAGUUCCAAACUAAGAAAGAGCUGCUGACAGCCUUACGCGAUAUCAUUUGCGGUAAGUAUUCCUUGAAUGCUCGAGCCAAUCCCUUACUGAUUGUUUCCCCCCUCCAACACAGUCAUACGUGCAGCAUCCGAUCAUGGUGUUGUGCAUCGUGA